ACAGCGUCCGGGCCAGUGAGAACCGGAACGUGGUACAUUAGCAGGUGUUGGCGCACACACUUGUCGCACUUCGUCCCCUUCUCUUCCUUUCUUCCCUUCCCAAAGCACAAAGAACAACAAACCCUUAACCCUCCAAGAUUAAAGAGAGUCAUCUCUAGUCACAGUACGAUAAUCGCUGUUGCAGCACUUGCCAUCUUGCCAUUCUCAUUACAAAAUACUGCCCUUCUUUUGGUUUCCGAUCCUUGGACAAGGACCGGUUCGACUUGCUCAUUCAGCCUUCUAAUCGCUUCGGACUUGCUUACGUCUGAAGCAUCAAUCUCGGAGGCAUCUUGCUCCCGAGAUCCUCCCCAAAAGAACUACUCGAAAUGGCAACCAUGGCAACUGCUACUCACGAUAUCCACGCGACCUCCCCCCGAGACUCCUUAACUGGUGUAGCGGCCCGGAGCGUCCCUGUGACCAAGAAUCACCCUCUUCCUCUCCCGACUCCCCCCAACUCCAUAUCCCCUGGUCUUCCGGCACACGGCCUGCGCGCGCAACUGCAGAAGGCUAGGCUUGACCCAAUCGAUUCGGACCUGGACUUGCACCAUGACGCCGCCGGUAGUGCCCCUGGUGAGACCCAGGGGGGGACUUCUAUCCUCCCUGACUCCUAUGGUGCCAUAACCCCCGGCAUGCUCGCUAAGUACCACCUUCCCGAGAUCAUGUUGAAUCACGGACCGCUGGCCAUCCGCUACGUCAUGGGCUACCUUACCACAUCUGUGCCCGGCUUUUCGGGCAUCCCUCCCGCCAAGGCGAGGAGGUUGGUCGUGGCCGCGCUCGAGGGGAAAGGAUGUGGAGGCGAAGGAGGUGGGAUCAAUGGUGAUGUCGUUUUUGAGAAGGUCGGAUGGGGGAGGUGGGACGCACGGCGCCGGGGUCAACCUGCGCGACGAGAGCUCUCACCUCCAACCGAAGGCAUGGGAAUUCCCAUCUCUUCAGUCAGAUGGGACGGCAGGCCGCACCACUCCAGCUCGGACGCGUCGGCCUGCGCCUUCUCCCAUGAAGAUUACGACCACGACAUGGCCAUGAUGGAGAACGAGGCAGACAAGAUGUCACUAGAUGGUUCUGCCUCUGCAUCUUGCUCCGAAGCCCCCGAUUACAUCGACACGGACAUGAUGCACCACGACGACCCUGAGGAUGCGACCGACGAUGAGGACUGGGCCGCUGUGGGUGCCGCAGGGCUCCGCGCCGCCUCUUACUCUAACACGGGUUUCGGGGUCUCGCCAGGCGUCAACAAAGUAUAUAAUGGCAGCGGGAUGGCUCGAACUCCCCAGCUGCCACGCGGUUUCAACACCAACAACACGACUGUGGGCUUCGCCUCGGCCUCUGACGCACAGGAGCGCGAGGCCGUCGAGGCUCUACUUCAACUCGGCUCUGUAUAAACACACAAGUCUGGAUUUUUUUCUGCAUCGGCGCGGCGUUCUCAUGAAACAUUAGAGAGAGGAUGGGAAACUUUUCUUUCAAAGCAUACUUUUCUGGGAAGCUGAGCUUUUUCGAAUCCCCCCUUUUGCAACUUAGUUAUUUUUAAAACACAACUCCCCCUCAUGUUCUUUCUUACGAGGUUGGCGGACGGAUUAUGGGUUUUCUGAGAAAACAGGCUCGGAUUGGGCAUGAGAGCCUGUUUUUGUUUGGGUUGGGACGGCACUAUUGAUUUGGGGCAGGGGAGGAAAGGCACGGCAUGCCUUUUCAUAGUUCCUCGCCUGCUCCAUCGGUUGAGGCGGCGUCCUCCUGGGUUGGGUCAUCAGUCACAUCUCUUGCAGAGUAGGCUUUUUGGUGGCUUUUUAUUUUCUUGGAAUGCUGCGUCUAAAAGUAACGACACGCGCAUACACUCUGACACACACUCUCUCUUCUCGCACACCCUCGUAUCACUGCAUCUUUCACUUCUACACUGCUGGUGCAAAGCGAACAUCCUGAAAUUUUACCAGCAUAUGGUCAGGGUUUUUGAACCUCUGCCAUCACACCCUUAUUCUCCUGCGAGUAUCAGUUUUCUUUUACGGCGGGAUUCCCCGACAAACUGUUGGCUUCCAUAUCUCGCCACGCGAUACCAGCACAGGGCCACUUCAACCUGGCUGCACUACGACUUGCAUGCACCAUCGAGUUGCACUUCCGAUUUUCUUCUUUUUUUUUCGGCGUCUUUAGCAUCGACAUUAUACCCGCUUCCAGGCUUUCCUGGGACUUUCGGCAAACGGAACGAAAACGACGAGGAAUCACGUCAUCUGUCGGCACAUUGUGAUGUCCAUUUUCAGAUGAAACAAAACAUUUUCCUUUUCGCGUUCAAGAUACCCCUUCUUAUUUGCCGCUCUGUCUCUCAUUUUGCGAACAGGCGCUCGACUUUUUUUCGGUUUCAUAUGUAUGCCAUCCUCAACUGCGUCAUGAUACCACUGCGCUUUUGUAUCUCAUCUUGGGAAGCAUUGCUCAGUUUUGAUUUGACAUACAUCUGAUGGGUUUAUUGUUCGCCUUCACUGAUACUGCGACAAGGGUGGCACAAGUUUUGAAUGGCAAGAUAUGAUAGUGGAGAGGAAGCAAUACGUUAGCACGUUGAAAAAUAUAUUCCCACCUCUUCAAUAUGGGAGGUGCAGCUUGGUGAAAUACGUUUGAC